CUUUCCAGAAAAAAGGGGGACAGCAACCAAAUCAGCUGCAGCACCACCAGCAGCUGAUCCUUCAUCAUUCUUCAAGCACAGGAACUGUAGCUCUGCUGCUAACAGCCCUGCUCUGAUCCACUGCCGUCAGACUGUUCUCACCCCAGUUGUUCCACAGGUUUCAACACCUACUGUCCCAGAGAGAUUGCGGGUUCCCAGGCAGAGGAGGUCUAGUUGGUGGGUCGGGGGGGGGUUCUCCCACUCUCUUUCCCUCUCCCUGCACCCAGCUCAGCAUGCCCCAGCCCCUGAGCUCCUCCACAGCUCUCCCAGCUCCACUACCAUGUGUAGAUGGACAGUGACACAAGGUGCACCGGUCGCCUGGUUCUCCUCCUUCCCCUGCCGCAGACCUCCAUCACUCUUCUUGCCCCUGACUUUCCUCCUGCUGCUCUUCUUGCUCAGACCCUGCGCUUCAUCAACAGACUCUGAAAAGAGCCAUGCACCAGAGGGGACUCCUACGCCACCUUGCUGGGCGCCAGUUCGCCCAUCGUCUGCAAGAUUGCCACGGGCGACAAAUGUGUCGCUAUCGUCUGCGACGGUUGUCGGGCGACACGUGCGAAGCAGCUACAAGCAUCUUCAAGGAGACGUGCGCAGGAGGAAGCUGUUCUCCUUUCAGAAAUUCUUUCUUCGCAUUGGCAAGGACGGAAACGUCAAUGGCACCAAAAGAGAGGAUGAUCCAUACAGUAUUUUGGAGAUCAAAUCAGUGGAUGUGGGAGUGGUGGCCAUCAGGGGCCUCAGCAGCAACCACUACCUGGCAAUCAAAAAGAACGGAGAUCUGUACGGAGCGAGGGAGUUCGGCCCUGACUGUCGUCUAAUUGAACGCAUCGAGGAGAACAGGUACAACACCUACGCUUCUGCCGAGUGGAGGACAAAAAAAAACAAGUGCAUGUUUGUUGGACUGAACCCCAGAGGAAAACCGCUGAAGGCAAAGGGGAAGAAGAUGCGGAGGAAAAGCACAGCAACUCACUUCUUGCCCAUGGUGGUGCAUCCACGAUGAUGGGACGUAUCAGCAAACUACAGGAUAUCUAUUGGACUUACGGUGGUGGCUACAUGGGACAGAUCUGAACCUGGUCUGUAAAAUGCACUGAGAAAGAAACAAAAUGAAAUAUAUGGAGUGGACUGCUUGUUUGGAUAAGGACACUAUUUUAAAAAAAAAGAAUAUAUAUCAGUAUACAAUGUA